AUGAGCGACCCGGACACGAAAGAGCAGGUUCUCUUAUCAUGUCCAUUCUGUGAGUUUGAAGAGUAUGACUCGGAAUUUCUCAGUCAGCACGUGGCGUAUUGUCACCCUGAGGACCCAGAUGUUGCAUCUCAGUCUACAUACACGCAUCAGAGUUUGACGGCAGCGGAGGAAGAUCGUCGAGCGACACAGGCAGACGAAUCUUUGACCGUUUUGGACAACAUGGAAGACCUUUAUACUCCUUGCCCCCACGGCUGUGGCGAGACAGUUGCCAAAGCUGAGUUACAGCUGCAUUUGGACCUGCAUGUGGCAGAAUCAAUAGCCCUCAAUGAGACGGGCGGCCUCCAUUUGCAGUCUGUAGAUAGUGAUGAUGAUGGCCGAAUUGACAGAAGUUCUGAGGAUAAGAACGGGAAUGACGAUGAAGACCUGCACCAAGACGACCUCGUUGUACAUGGAAAAGACAUUGUUCUCAAAGGGAAGGAUACAGAUAAUCACCGAAGGAAAAAGAAAGACGUAUCCAAAUCAAGCCAACAUGGGAACAAGGGUACCAGGAGAUUAGGCCGGAAAGAACUGGGCCCAUACGCCCACGAGAAACGGAUGCCCUCGUGGUUGCAAAAGCUACUACUAUCUGGUCAUAUAGAAAACACUCAAACGAAGAUCGGUCCCAACGGUUCACUCAUCAAGGAAAAAGAUCUUUCUGAAAACGAGACUUCACGAGUCAUUCCAACGCUGAUCGAGCUGUGUCGACAUGAUACUAGCAUCCAGAGGGCUUUCUUCUGUAGCCCUCGAGUCCGUCAUAUCUUCAAAUUCAUGAGAGAAGGCGGUUUUUGCGGAUAUAGAAAUAUACAGAUGCUCAUUUCACAUAUUAUUGAUGCUCGAAGACCUGGAUAUGAACAUUUUUCAGGCCGCAUACCAUCGAUAUUGGAGUUGCAGGAUAUGAUUGAGCAGGCGUGGGACAUGGGUUUCAACAGUAGUGGACGGAUCGAGACUGGGGGUAUCAAGGGGACGAGAAAGUAUAUCGGGACUCCAGAGGCCCAGGCUCUUUUUCAAAGUCUCGGGAUCAAAUGCAUCCCCGGAGCUUUCGCUUCUACUGGAGGAUUUCGAGCCUACGACAUGCUCCUGCAAGAUGUAGCAAACUAUUUCCGAUCCGGCUGUCCUGCUUCACUUUUAGAUAGUGACGAAAAGAUUCUAGAGACCGAUCUUCCGCCCGUAUACCUUCAACAUCAAGGUCAUUCGUUGACAAUUGUCGGCUUCGAAAUCAACAGUGCUGGAAGUGCCGAUUUACUAGUCUUUGACCCAAUGUUUAGGACGUCACCGGCAAUUCAACGGUUGAUUGGCAAGUUUGUGAGACCAUCAGAUCCAUCUCGCAUAUUGAAAGCUUGGAGGAGAGGGCCACCAUAUUUACAAAAGUACAAGGAGUUUGAGGUACUGAAGCUGGUGCCUGAGUGA